UCUACUCACCUGAUCGGACGGGUGCUUCCCCGUCGCCAAAACUUACGAGAAUUGCUGCUUUGUUAAAGUAUUGUGAGUCCGUUACUCACGUUGCCAUGUUCGUAUUCGAUCGUAUUGUGAAACUGAUCAACUGGAACGGGGCGAUAUUGUACACGUCCGAUAUAUCGGACGAAGAGUCCGAUUCUGAAUACUUGGCGGACCUCAACGAAAGUCCUAAAUCAGACGCUGACAAAUCGAUGAACGCGACAGACGCCGCUGUCCGGACGACAACUAUGCCGAGUCCCCAACACUUGUUUGAUGAUUUAGCACGGUUAACGCGUAUCGAAGCCUCGCUCCGUCCCCACGAAACCGUAUCGUUGGUUUUUCUGCUUUACGAGGGUGACAUGAGGCAACUCGCAUUACAAGAACUUCAAAUCAUGGUGUUGUCAGGCGGAUCGCGCGAUUUGCUGUACAACUGGGCGAGGCAUCGUGAUUCUGCGGGUGACGGCAAGUGGCAAUUGAAAAUCGUUGAGGCGUUGUGCAUUGUUCAAAAUUACAAGGUCUUGCGCGAACUUGGCUACGCGAAACAAGACGCGAAGGCCCGAUUCUGUCCCGAUGUCGAAAGCGUUAGUGAAGUUAUAAGCAAAGACCGCAAGAUGCUGUACAGGCUGGCGGAAAAGUUAACUAAUCGUCAAACGGAAGAAUUUUUAUGUCGAAUGAAGAAAGUGUUCCACGAAAUUGGCUGGAGUUUUACUCAAAUGCCAUCAGGUUUUUUAGAAUUAUAUUUUCUUGACUGGGAAAGUCGAGUGAAGGACUUUUACGGUAGUAUUAGGAAAGUUUUGAAGGCGAUGGACCUCGAAAGAGUAGCAGAUUGCGUACCGAGGGUUAGAAGUAUUAGGGCGGUAUCCACGUUUAUGGACAACAGUGCAAGAGGGCAAGGGGGUCAUCUAUCCACCGAACCGUCAUCUUUAUUGUCGCAUACACCCCCCGUUAGGGAAGAUGAUUGCUACAGGAUAAAUCCAGACAAUCCGGGCGUCGUUCUCAUAAUAAACCAAGAGGAUUUCUACACGGAACCAGACCCACAAUACGCGCACUUGUUGUACCCGGAAAAUGUCCGGUAUAAACUCGACACGAGGUUAGGAACGGAGAAGGACAAGGAUAGGCUUCAGAGAGUAUUUGAGCGGUUCAGGUUUGAUGUGCAGGUCGAAACAAACCUGCCCCAUUACGAAAUAGCCAAAGUGAUCGCGGAUACAGUGGAACGCGUGAGAAACGAGUCAAGUUUGUUUGUGUGUGUGUUGUCGCACGGUGGUGAAGGAGUGGUUUAUGGUUCAAACAGUUGCGCAGUCAAAGUGAAACAAAUCGAAAGUCUUAUGGUUAAAAAAAACAAAACCCACUUGCGUGGAAAACCCAAAGUUCUCAUCCUGCAAUCGUGCCAGGGCACUCAGUGCCAGAAGAUUGAUGAAGAGGACGAAGAGGAAGAUGGGGGGCACGCGCAGGACGGUCCAAACGUGCCCUUGACUGCGGAUAUGUUGACGUUUUGGGCCACUGUGCCCGGUUACGCGGCCAUUCGGAACGUCAACAAGGGCUCCUGGCUGGUACAGACACUGUGCGAUGAGAUGGAGGUUAACUGGGACAAGUAUCAUUUGCAGGACAUUUGCACACGGGUUGUCGACAAAGUGACGCAGAGAAAGUGGAAGGAGUCGAAGGAUUGCAGAGUGCAAACUAAUAUUAUGACGCCCCUACUCGUGUCCACCUUCAGGAAGAAAUUCUGUAUGCCGUCACGCGGGAUUUGAUUGACCUACUGUGAAGACUUUACCCAGUAGAAAUUUAAUGACUGACCUAUUGUUUUGGUUCAUCCAUUUAAUAAAUUAUU